GAGGUAGAAAGGCUCAAGAAAAGCUCAUAAGUAGAAUUUAUCAAUAUUAAGGGACCAAGAGAGUUAUUAUCCUUAUAAAGAAUUAAUGCCCUAAUGUCAUUUUUUUGAGUAAAUUUAUACAAAAACGAGGGAAAAACCAAAACCAAAAUAUCAUCUCUUUUGAGUCUUGAAAAUGAUUGCUGUUUAAUAGCAGUAUUUACAUGGAACUCGAGUUUCUAUCUGCACAUAUGCGUAAUCCACCUAUUUUUAGAGGCUUUUUAUCUAGUCUUUAUCCUGUGCCUACAACCCGUUUGAUAAUAUGCCCCAAUAAACAAAAACUGAGUAAAUUUUCACUCUUUCCAUCUCUUCACUUUAACUGUUUCUCAUGUGCUGCUGUAAAAGUAGUUGAAGUUGAACCUAACUCUCCAUCAGUUGAAAAAAACCCAAAAAAACUUCAAGAUUCUUUAAAAUAUGGUGAAAAGAAGAGAUUUUGUGAUGUUGGUAAUGUUGAAAACAAACCAAAAGUUCAAGAUUCUUUGAAAUAUGGUGAAAAGAAGAGAUUUUGUGAUGUGGGUGAUGUUGAAAAAAACCCAAAAUUUCAAGAUGCUUUGAAAUAUGGUGCAAAAAAGAGAUAUUUUGAUAAGGGUGAGGGUGAUUUUUUCAUUAGGGAUAAGAAAAGGGGACUUAAAUGGUAUUCUGAAAUGCUCAAAGAAUAUGCUGCUAAGUUAUGUUUGAAGGAAGGUAAAGCUCUACAUGGUGAAAUGAUUAGGAGUGGGGUCGAACCGGAUUCACAUUUAUGGGUUUCUUUGAUUAAUUUUUACGCGAAAUGUGGGGACUUAAGUUUCGCGGGCAAUGCGUUUAAUUUGAUUCCGGAGAGAGAUGUUGUGUGUUGGACAGCAUUGAUAUCGGGGUUUAUAGCUCAAGGGAAUGGAACUAAAGGGAUUUGUUUAUUUCUCGAUAUGAGGGGAGAAGAUAUUAGGCCUAAUGAGUUCACUUUGGCAACAGUUUUAAAGGGUUGUUCAAUGUGUUUAGAUUUAAAGUUUGGGAAACAAAUACAUGCUGAGGUUGUUAAAGGUGCAGCCUUUUCGGAUGUUUAUGUUGGUUCUGCUCUCGUUGAUUUGUAUGCUAAAUGCUGUGAAUUAGAAUCUGCUGUUAAAGUUUUCUUUUCCAUGCCGGAGCAGAACUCAGUAUCAUGGAAUGUGUUACUUAACGGAUAUGUUCAGGCUGGUCAAGGAGAGGAGGCUUUGAGAUUGUUUAUGAAGAUGUCUGAUUCAGAGAUGAGGUUUAGUAAUUAUACGCUAUCUACUAUUUUAAAGGGCUGUGCCAAUUCGGUAAAUUUGAGAGCUGGUCAAGUUAUCCAUUCAAUGUUGGUCAAAAUUGGGACCGAAAUGGAUGAUUUUACAAGCUGCAGUCUUGUAGAUAUGUAUAACAAAUGUGGUCUGCAAGAUGAUGCCCUGAAAGUGUUUUUAAGGACUAAAAAUCCUGACAUUGUGGCAUGGACUGCAAUGAUCAGUGGACUUGAUCAGCAAGGACAGAAGAGAGAAGCUGUUCAGCUUUUUUGCUUGAUGAGGCGUUCAGGUUUGAGGCCUAAUCAAUUUACAUUAGCUAGUGUUGUUAGUGCAGCUGCUGAUUCGGUGGAUUUAAGUUGUUGCAAAAGUAUCCAUGCUUGUGUUUACAAAUUUGGUUUUGACUCAGAAGAGUCUGUCAGUAAUGCAUUGAUUGCAAUGUACAUGAAAUUUGGGUUAGUUUUUGAUGGGCGUCGUGUAUUUUCUUCUUUGAGUAAUAGGGAUAUAAUUUCGUGGAACUCCCUUUUGUCUGGAUUCCAUGAUAAUGAAACGUCUUAUGAAGGGCCUAAAAUCUUCAGGCAGUUACUUGUAGAAGGUUUGAGGCCAAAUAUGUACACGCUCAUCAGCAAUUUGAGAUCUUGUGCAAGCCUCUUAGAUGCAGGUCUGGGGAAACAAGUGCAUUCCCAUGUAGUUAAAGCUAACCUUGGUGGCAAUCUAUAUGUAGGAACUGCUCUGGUUGAUAUGUAUGCCAAGUGUGGGCAUUUGGAUGAUGCAGAAGUGAUCUUUUAUAGAUUGAGUGAAAAAGACGUUUUCACUUGGACAGUGGUCAUUUCAGGUUAUGUGCAGUCUGAUCAAGGAGAAAAGGCUUUCCGAUGUUUAAAUCAAAUGCAAAGGGAAGCUAUUAAACCCAAUGAGUUCACUCUUGCUAGCUGUCUACGAGGUUGUUCUAGUAUAGCGAGCCUAGACAAUGGGCAGCAGGUGCAUUCCGUGGUAAUGAAGUCUGGCCAGUUCAGUGAUAUGUAUGUGGCUAGUGCAUUAAUUGACAUGUAUGCAAAAUGUGGGUGUAUCAAAGAUGCUGAGUCUCUAUUUCAGAGCAUGAGAUCCUGUGAUACAGUGUUGUGGAACACACUUAUAUGUGCCUACUCCCAACAUGGGCUAGAUGACAAAGCAUUGGAAACAUUUCGAACCAUGUUAAGUGAAGGUAUUCUCCCUGAUGGGGUUACCUUUAUUGCUGUCCUUUCUGCAUGCAGCCAUCUGGGCCUGGUCAAAGAAGGAAGAAACCAUUUUGACUCCAUGAAAAUUGUCUUUGGUAUCACUCCUUCAAUGGAGCACUAUGCUUGUAUGGUUGAUAUUCUUGGCCGUGCAGGCAAAUUUGAUGAAAUGGAACUCUUCAUUGAGGGUAUGGAGCUUUCCCCUAAUGCAUUGAUAUGGGAAACUGUUCUUGGAGUCUGUAACGCUCAUGGAAAUGUGGAAUUGGCUGAGAAAGCUGCAAACACACUUUUCGAAAUUGAUCCAAAAGUAGAGUCAAGUUAUAUAUUGUUGUCCAAUAUAUAUGCAGCAAAAGGGAGGUGGGCUGAUGUCUCGAAAGUUAGAGCACUAAUGUCCAAGCAGGGUGUGAAAAAGGAACCUGGUUGUAGCUGGGUUGAGAUUGAUAAUCAAGUACAUGUCUUUUUAUCUCAGGAUGCUUCACAUCCUAUGUUAAAGAAUAUCCAUAGAAAGUUGGAAGAGCUGGCUUCGAGAAUUACUGCUGCAGGAUAUAUGCCAAACACAAACUAUGUGCUUCAUAAUGUCUCUGACAAAGAAAAAAUAGACAACCUUUCACAUCAUAGUGAAAGGCUAGCUCUAGCAUUUGCUCUUACGAGCAGCAGUAGGAAUAGUACUAUCAGGAUCUUUAAAAAUCUUUGCAUCUGUGGAGAUUGCCAUGAAUUUAUGAAGCUGGCAUCGGUCGUAACAAACCGAGAAAUAGUUAUUCGUGAUAUUAACCGCUUCCACCACUUCUCUCAUGGAACGUGCUCAUGUAAGGAUUAUUGGUGAUUAUUAACUGGUUGACUCAUCAGGCAAGACUAUUCAUGUUCCGCAGCUGCAGCAGAUCAAUAGUGCUCAACUGAAGUUCUAAAUGCAAGUCAUGAUAUGUCAAUAUGAAUAUAUUAUUGAGGCGGCAAGUAAUGAGGACUUAUAGCUGGAGUGAUAAGUUACCUGAAGGGUACUAAUAGAUGAAAAGGUUAAUCAAUCUCUGAGCACUCAGAAAAGAUCAUCUCAGUCUGGCAUGGAGGUUCAUAGUUUCGUGUUGCAUAGGAUCUACUCAGUGGCAUGGGACUGCAGCAAAGCCUCGAGGAAAGAAGAGAUAGAGCAGAAGGAUAAGCUGACGUGCCUUGCAAAGUAGUUUGUCACACUAUUCUAUGGCCUUCAACUACUUGCUAAGAUUGUGUUCAGUUCUAUUGAGUUCUGGGUUUCCAAGCCUGUUAUUUCACCCUAGGAGGUCAGUAACUGGAAGUCCAUCAGAUCUCUUUGGGAAGAAUUUGGUUCUAACGCCAGGUUCACCAUGGGAAUGGAAGAAAAGUAGCAUUUUGCUCCAAUAAGUGGAUAGGUCGUGAGCCAUUAAGAGAAAGGUUCCCUGGAGUUUUCAGAAUAUCAACACAACUUGAGGCCACAAUUGAUGGAGUUUGGAGCCAACAUGAUUGGAACUUCAUCUUCAGCAGAGCCUUCAAUGACUGGGGGGUUGGGGAGAGUGAAUGAACUAUUCCAGAUUUUGGAAAAUUUUACCGUUACAAAUGAAAAUGAAGAUAGCAUGAUAUGCAAGGCACAUCCAACAAGGUGUUCAGAGUGAGAGAUGCAUAUGAGCUUUAUGGAAAUUCUGGGCAGCAAGACAUCGCAUGGCCAUAGAAACACAUUUAGAAAGCUAAAGCACCAUUCAAAGUAAAUUAUUUCACUUGGCUAGUUGCAAGGAAGGCAUGCCUAACACAAGACAACUUACAGAGAAGAGGUAUGCAACUGACCUCAAGGUGCUAUCUAUGCAGAGCUGAUUCAGAAAACAAUAGUCACCUCUUCCUACAUUGCAAUUUCUCAUCCCAAUUAUGGCACCUAUUUAAGGCUAUGAUUAAGCAAAAAAGGGUAAUUCCAGGGACAAUGUAUGAUCUGCUUGAAUCAUGGAACUAUGCUGGAGGAAAUGCCAAUCAGAAAAAAUGGUGGAGGGCUAUCCCAGACUGUAUAUGGUGGAACAAUUGGAAGGAAAGAAACAGUAGAUGCUUUGAAGACGAGUAUAAUUCCAUUCAAUAAGUUAAGGUGAAUUGUGGGUAGAUGAUACUGAAACAAUGUUACAGUUUUGGAAACCUUGUGUAAAGACUGUGAUGCCUAUUUUUGUGUAAAUACUGUUGCCAGCACAAAUUUGUGCUGAUGAAUAUACUGUUACGUUUAUCAAAAAAAAAAAAAAAAAAAAGGCUAUAUAUACAUGUGCUCUCUGUGCUUGAUGGUAGUCGGAGAACAGGAGGAAAGAGGGAAGAAAUGGCACCUCAAAUGUAACACUGAAGUGAUCUGAUCUACUGAAUGGCUUCUAACAAGCUGGGAAACAAGGGAUAAAAUUACAAUAGGAGUUGGGGAAUGUAGGUUUGAAAGAACCAUACAAUUGGUUUACUUCUCUUAGGGACUGUUUUGAAGCUGCCAAGAUGGUUGAACCCUUCCGUUAUUAGGUGCCAAACCAGUAGCUAUGCUGCUGCACCUCAGUAGAAGGCAAGAGAGAGUCUCUAGCUAUGCUGUUGCACCUCACUAGAAGGCCAAGAGAAUCUUUCUUAUCCCCAUCUAUUUCGUAUGAAAUCCUGUUGUCUUCUGAAAGCAUGAACAGAUAACCAUGGUUUUAAUACUACUUGUGUAAAUUUUCAUGUUCU